AUGGCAUAUACACCGAGAAACAGCAAUCCAGAUAAUCGAUACGAAUUUCGCUCAGAAAAUCCAACUGUUUCGAGACUCGUCAGACCAUCAGACGACUUACAUACAUCUGAUAGACAAACUUUUGAUAGUUCACUGACACCUAAUCGACGACGAGAAGAUGAUCUACGCCGAACGAAAGAUAGUGCUUAUGAAAGCAUCCAACGAAGUCGCGACGAUCAAUAUUCCAAUCAACAAGAGAUCGAGCGACGCAGUAGUGAUUACUCACGACGUGUACCGACAGCUAAUAUAAUCGUCGAUCCCACACGUCGUCCAGGAGAUGGAAAUCCACGCACAUGUGUCAUGGAAAUCAACAUUGCGGUUAGUAUGGGUGGCAAUCGUCCACCUCAAGCAUCAGUUAUAUCAAGUAAUAUCCUAUCUAAACCGCCGAAUAUUCGUUCGACAGCAACAAUCGAUGGUGCACGAUAUAUCGACUUAAGUUUACAAUCACCGAAUUAUACUGCUCAACUGGCUACUGAUGGAGUUCUACAUGAUACAUCAUCAUCGUCACAAAAACACAUGAGCUAUGACCGUACAAAUAAAUAA